AUGACGAUUCUGGCGCACACGGCCAGCACGCUCUUCAUCUUGCGAGCGCAAGACGUCACGAGCACUCUCCAGCGCCUGGGGGAGCCAACAAAAACGUGCUGGCACCUGCGUGCGGCGGUGGCCAACCUCGCAGACGACGUGUCUGACACUGCGUCAUUGUGUGCAUCGUUGUGGUUCCCGCCAGCGUCGGCGGUAGCUCAUGACGUUGUUGCCUUUGCGCCAGGGGACAAGAUUGUCCGCAUCGGAGAUCGUCUCAAUAGCAUGUACAUUUUUCUCGACGGCAUCGCGACCGCCUCCAAGAUGCACACGAAGCGCGUCUUGUCUCCGAUGGACUUGCCGUUGACGACAGCCGUCAGUGCUGUCGCACCGAUGCGAGACAUUACGAGCAACUUCAAAACGACAAGCAAGACGCUCAUGGCGCCACGUCACGAGAAACGCUCCAAGUCGGUGCUGCCGACGAUUAUGAAGCUCUCGAAGCGCAUCCCCCGCCUGCGUAUGAAUGCGAUCGUGCCCGAAGAGCCAAUCGUGAUAUCAGUGCCGCUUACUAAGAAAGAAGUGCACGCGACGGAUGGCCCGAACCGCCGGGUGAGCGCGUCGUCUUUGUCAACGUCACUGCAUACGUGCUGGACAUUCAAGGCGGGCGACGUGUAUGGCGGCGAGAUCGUCUUUGCGACGCCCGCGACAAGCUUGUACAAUGUCGUGGCCGAGACACCGCUUCGAGCGCUGCGCAUUACCAAAGCCGCGUAUAUGGCGGCGUGCUCCAUGCUAGUCCGUCCGGUACCGUCCGUGGUGCAGCCUCAGUACAUCAUGGCCAAGGCCCACUGGGUGCGCGCCAACGUAAAGGUCGCCGAGGGCAUCAUGGGCCAAGGCACUGCCAAGAAGCCUCGGUUUUGGCACCUCGUCGAGCAAGCUGUGAGCCAGCGCAUCAAGCUCAUCAUCAAGCAUCUCGCCAACAUGACCAUCUUCCAGAGCAUGUCGGACGAAACCAUGUCCAACAUCGUGGCGUCGGCCAAGUACGACACGUUUGAGAAGGGGCAAUGGAUUUACGCCCACGGCGAUGCGCCCAAGCGCUACUACGUCGUCGUCUCGGGCAAAGUGAGUUUGUUUUCGUCGCUUCCGUCCCUUGAGCACGUCGCACUCAAGCGCGCGGGGCCGGGCCAUGGAUUUGGCGAAUUUGAAAUACUGACCAAUCAAAUGACGCGAAACCUCUCGGCCAUGGCACAUGAUACGACGCAGCUCAUCUCGUUUACGGCGCAAACGUUUACGGAGCUCUGGGAAGCUGCGACGUUGACGGCGAUGCGCCGUGAGGUGUCCUUUUUCCAGACUCUCGGCUGGGCGUCACGCCUCGACCUCGACCGCAUUGGUCACUUGUACCACGCUAUGACCGAGGUCGUCUACACCAAAAGCGCGGUGAUCUUUCCAGUACACGCCAAACUGAACCACGUGUUCAUCCUAAAGCAAGGCCUUUGCACCCUCCAAGCUGUCGUGGACGUUGACUCUACACCAUCGCACGCGACAAUAACGGCCAAGGAUGCACCACCCAUCACAAUUCACGUCGAUCUUGCGCAAGUGGCGACCGGCCACACGAUUUGGGCGAUAAAUACCAACUAUCCGUACGGGCUCGUUGCUGCUGUUGCCGACACCGCGGUCGUGAGCAUUGGUUACGAGAUGCUGCGGGGCAUCGUGCCCAAGUGGGUGCACUCAGACCUCAAUCGUGACAUUGCUCAGCAGUCGAGCCACCACAGUCAUCAGCUUCAGCUGCUCCGCCGCCGUGCCUUGGGCGUCCUCAACCUGCGUUGCAAACUAAGUGCGGUGGAUCAGCCCCGUCAGGAACGCAUCUAUUACGUACCGCAGCUGCAGGCGCACAGCUACACUCUGUCCCAGCAAGAUGACUCACGUCGUGUGAACCUUACAAUGACAGACAUGGUCGCCGCGCAGCCCGUCGAGCUGCAGAGCCUCUUUCGAGAAGACCAGCGCUCGAGUGCCUCGGAUACGCGAACGGUGGAUGCGUCGCUUGGAUUGCACCUGACGAACGACCGCCAGCCGCACGCCCUUGGGUCCUUUUACGUUGGCCGAGGCACGCCCGUGAUACCGCCCGUUCGCGUCACAACGCCGCCUGCCCUGCACGACGCGAAGGUCGAUCGACAAGUUGCACCGGCACCGCGAUGGCGCCGACCUGCGUCCCCGCCGCUAAUCCAACCGCUGCUGACGACUGCGCUCUCCACCCAGCGUUACGACGUUGGCGCGCCACUGCGCCUCUUUCGCCUCGAUCCGAUUCCGAUUGAGCGCCAAGAUCGAAGCAACCAGGUCGAACCGAGCCCGUUGGCGUCCGUCUCGGUCAUUGGGCCUGGCUUCCACACGCUCGUGUAUCAACCAGGCACGCCACCGUCGACGCGAGAAGGGCUAGAUGUGACCAGCUGUGGCGCGAACGCGUCCCCCGAGGUCGAGGUCGAAUUGCCUCCGACGAUGGUGUCACCUACAAUACCGCAGUCCGUCAAGGAAGACCGUGCUCUCGAAGCGGGCGCAAGAAAUCCGUCGUGCGUCAAGCCGAGCAAAGUCGUUCGGGGCAAACUGCGCUUCAGCCGCCACACACCGUGGCUCGUAGCCCUCUUCGAAGACGACGUGCUGCGAUGUUUCAUCGAUGAACACGACAUUGCCCGCCCGCGUCUAGCCCAAGGUGUUUGGGUGCUCUCGGAGCUCUCGUACGUGGUCGAGUUUCCUUGCGACGCCGCGUCGCCGGACGAGUUUGUGCUCGUCCAGAACGACGAGGCGACGCGCUUCUUCGCGCCGUCGCUCGCCGAGAAGCUGCGCUGGCUCCAAGUCCUUCGCAGCAGCGUCGAGCGCCUCGUCCAAGACGGCACCGGCAUGAAGAUCUCGCACAACCGUGUUGUGCCCAAGGCCAAGGCAGCCCGCCCAGGACACAUUUCGGCCAAGCAGGUCGUCGAGCCGGCGCUGCCAAACGUCGAAUACGUCGUUGCGUUUCCUCCGGUCGAGUCGUAAGAGUUCAUGCACGGCAGUGUUGCAAUAAGUUAUUCGACGCCACGUGUACGACGUCUACUCUACAGACGGCCAUUUGCGC